AGAAGAUUGCACGUCUCAGUGUUGACGAUACUCGCCAUAUCCUGUAUACCUUAUCAGAGAAUGGUUCCAUUCAAGUGUUUGACUUGGGUAAUGACGGAAAUGAAAUGCGAAAAGUGGCGUCGUUGAGUCACGCACAAAUUCAAGAUAGAGCAUCAAAUGAGUGUCGAACGGUGGAUCGUGCCUUCUUCACCGAUAUUGUCAGUAUCAAUGCAAUACCGUCGACUCGUUCACAAUAUUUACAUUUGGUAGCAACAACACGCAAAGGUGUUCGUUUAUACUUCACAUGCUUACCACCAACCCCAAUAAGCGCUCUAAUAUCGACACCUUACGGUGUCUCGCCUCCAUCGUUACCCGAAACGGCUGAUAUUCGACCAACUGAUCUCAGACUUCGUCAUGUCCGAAUCCCACCUGGAUAUAAUGCUGGUGGAAUUGGCAAUCCGUAUUUCACAGUUUAUGAUACACUCUUUUCUCAUGAAGUGUCAGUGAUGGUAGCGGAGUGCGGAGUUGAUGCGGCCUCAACAGUAACUUGUUUCUCAUCGUCGAAUUUAUCUGCGCAAGAUUAUUUAAUGGAGAACUUGACAAAAUUUUCAUUCACAACAACCGUACUUGCUGUGGAGCGAACGUUAUCGAAUGCGGUUAGUGGUAUUUUUUUACCAGUGGAAGGGAGCGUUGAUGUACGUCCGCCUUAUAUUAUAUCUCAGCAUCGUGAUCCACCCGAAAGGAUUGUCAUUCUCAACGAAAAGGGAAUUUCAAUAGUUGAACAGAGAUCACCAGUGGAUAUAUUACGUGAAAUAUUGCAUCAAUUCGGUGCGGAUUCACCACAAGCGAACUACUUUUUGCAAUUGCACGGUGCCAUCAAUACGUGUGUUAUGGCUCUGAUCAUUUUAUGUGCUGACAACGCAGCUGAUCUCGCUAUUAAAGAUGCGGCGUUGAGAAUAUUUUCAUCGUUGGGAUCACAACGGAAGAUGCCAAUGAAUGGCAUUUCAGCAAUGGGCAUGCGCUCUCCGGCAGGACGUCUGUCGUCACCAGACUGGCCGCAAGCU